AAUGCAAUUUGACGGUCCCGUUUUCUUCGUGUUUCAUUUUAUUUCAUUUCAGUCGAGAGCCGCCUACCUCUUUGUAUCGGCGAGGUUUCUGCGAGUCGGCGAUCGAGCUGUGGAGGCGGCGCUGAGUCUCCCCACUAGCACGUCGGUUCGCCGGAGAGAUCGCGUUGUCGUCGGCCGUCUCUUGUUGAGCCGACUUUUCUUCGUUGGAUAGCUGAAAUAUCGGCGACUCGAGCUCAUCCCUGGAGUACUUCCAUUAAGCUGCAAUAAUCCUAAUUCUCGCCGGCAAGGUCACAACUUGAAGGAAAGAAAUAGUUCUCUCCGAUCAUCACAAUGCAUAGCUGCACUGUUAAGGUCGACGACUCGCUGUCGAGUCUCCUUGAGUUCGCAGCUGACAAUGAUGUGGAUGGCUUCAAGCGAUGCCUCGACCACAAUCCAUCAGCCGGAGAUGAGGUUGGCUGUUGGUACGGCCGUAGUAGGGGUUCCAAUCGCAUAGUGCUGGAUCAACGAACUCCAUUGAUGGUGUCUUCUACAUAUGGAAGUCUCGAUGUCCUCAAGCUCAUCCUGUCUCUGGCUUCUAUCGACAUCAACCGUCAUUGUGGAUCCGACAACACCACCGCCCUUCAUUGUGCUGCAUCUGGUGGUUCCUUGACUGCCGUGGCUGUUGUGCAGGCUCUCCUUGCUGCUGGUGCUGAUCCCACGGUGGUUGAUGCUGACGGAAACCGUCCUGCUGACAUUAUUGUUGUGCCUCCCAUGUCGUCUGAUACCAGGAAUUCCCUUGAACAACUCCUUGGUAAGAAUGCCAUUGCUUCGAGUUGUGGUGGGAAUCACAAUGAUAUGCCUCUGCGUGUGAAGAUUACCUCUUCAAAUCCUUUGCCAGCUGAUGAGGAUGACUCAACCUCACCUCAGGCAAAGUAUCCUGACCUUCCACUGCUGAUUGUGCCAACUAAGAAAGAGUAUCCUGUAGACCCAACGCUUCCAGAUAUCAAGAACAACAUAUAUGCCACAGAUGAGUUCCGCAUGUUCUCAUUCAAGAUCCGCCCUUGCUCUCGGGCAUAUUCUCAUGACUGGACAGAGUGCCCCUUUGUCCAUCCCGGUGAAAAUGCCCGGCGGCGUGAUCCUAGGAAGUAUCACUAUAGCUGUGUACCUUGUCCUGAUUUCCGGAAAGGGUCUUGUAGGAGGGGAGACUUGUGCGAGUAUGCACACGGGGUGUUCGAGUGCUGGCUUCACCCAGUGCAAUACCGCACACGGUUAUGCAAGGAUGGAACCAACUGCUCCCGCCAAGUAUGUUUCUUUGCCCACACAAUUGAGGAGCUCCGUCCACUUCACAUGUCCACUGGAUCUGUUGAUCGCUCUCCCAGAGCAUCCUCAUCUGCCGCAAUAGAGAUGGCGGCUGCAAUGGGUUUCUUUCCUAGGUCACCUUCUGCUGUUUCUGCUGUUAUGUCUUCCUUCACACCACCCAUUUCUCCUUCAGCCAAUGGCACUGGGCACUCUUUAGUUUGGCCUCAGCCAAACAUACCAACAUUAAAUCUUCCUGCAAGCAAUGCUCAAUCAAGCAGAUUGCGGUCAUCUCUCAAUGCACGAGACAUACCUGUGGAUGAUUCACUCUUAUCUGAGUUUGGUUCUCUGCAAUCUCUGAGUGACAUGCACUACUCUCGUCUUAACUCCAUGGCGGUUGCUGGGAAUUCCUCGGUCAGAACUAAAUCCCUGAUUCCUGCAAAUCUAGAUGACAUUUUUUCUGCAGAAAUCAGCCCAUCUCCAAGGUGCAAUUCUGAUCAUGGGGGCUUAUUUUCUCCAUCUAACAAGAAUGCGAUGCUGAGUCAGUUGCACAAUCUGCAUCAACAGCAGAGCUUGCUCUCGCCCAUCAACACAAAUGUAUAUUCACCCAAGGCAAUGGAAUCUCAGCAACUUUUUUCUCACUCGCCUCUAUUACAGCCCUCUCUUAAAUUCUCUACCCCUGGUGUUACGUCUCCUCGAAGCAUGGAGCCUAUUUCUCCAUUGAGUUCUCGCCUGGCUGUUCUUUCCCUGAGAGAGAGGCAGCAACAGACGCUACGCAGCCUGAGCUCACGUGAUCUUGGUCCUUUCUCAUCUACAGUGAUUGGCUCUCCUGUUAAUUCAUCACUGACCAGUUGGGCAUCUCCUUCUGGCAUUCCUGAUUGGGGGUUAAGUGGCGAAGAGUUGGGACAUCUCAAACGAACAUCUUCAUUUGAGCUCCGAGGAAAUGCGGAUGAGCUAGAUGUAUCAUGGGUCCAUUCUCUGGUGAAGGAAUCACCCCCUACUGCAACGGCAUUUCCCGAGUUUGAUGGUGAGAACUCAUUCAGAUGAUCCAAAGGAUGGGGUAAUUCAAGCUGCAGUACUUGGUGAAUGGUUUAAACAGAUGGUGAAAUUUUUUCUCUAGAAUGUUAGAUGGAAGGAAAUUAGCACUAGGUUUAUCAACUUCAGCAAACAUUAUUUUUGUUAGGUCGAUUGCAUUUUGCAAUUGAUCGAAAGUAAAGUAGCAGGCAGUGAUGUUCAACUUCAGAUAUUCAUUUAUUCUGAACAGGCUUAUUAUAACUACAAUGUGUUCAGUUAACUCAAAGAUCAAAUGGCUUUCCCUCGUGGGUUAUCUGUA